AGAGAGAGAGAGAGAGAGAGAGAGAGAGAGAGAAGAAAUAUUAGGGGUGUCUUUCCAUUCCCAUCAUGGAGCUCACCAUGGAGAACAUUGGGAACCUGCACGCCGUUUCGCACGCGCAUCCACCGGGCGACCUGAUGAGCUCCCCUCACGCGCGAGCGCCGCCUUCGCACCGGAGCUUGUCGCAUGGGCGCUCGGCCAUGGUGUCCGGUAUGGCGUCGCUGCUGGACGGCGCGGGGGAGUACCGCGCGGAGCCUUCGCUGCACGCGGCCAUGAGCGUGCCGUGCGACUCGAGCAUGAGCCUGAGCGGCACGUACACGACCCUCACGCCGCUGCAGCACCUGCCCCCCAUUUCUACAGUGUCGGAGAAGUUCCCCCACCAUCCCCACCACCAGCACCAGCACCACCAGCCCCACCACCCGCACGCGCACCAGCGCUUCUCGGCCGGCAACGUGAGCGGCAGCUUCACGCUCAUGCGUGACGAUCGCGCGCUGGCCAGCGUGGGCGACCUGUACGGCCACUAUGCCAAGGACAUGACCACCGUGGGACCGUCACUUUCGCCGCUGAACAGCGGCCUCGGGGCCCUGCACGGCGCGGCGCAGCAGCCGCUGGCCGCGUACGGAGACAAGCUGCUCUCUUCUGGGGGCUUCGAGGCGCACGCAGCCAUGCUGGGCCGCGGGGACGAGCACAUGGCGCGCGGCGGCCUGGGGGCCCACGGGCCCGGGCUCGCGUCCGCGCUCAACGGCGUCCACCAUCACCAUCACGGUCACCACCACCACCACCCGCAUCACGGCCACCACUCGCACUCCCACGGCAAUGACAGGCACGCGCCUGGAGGCGGAGGAGGGAGCGGAGGUCAAGCGGAGGAGAUCGACACCAAGGAGGUGGCUCAGAGGAUAACGGCCGAGCUGAAGAGGUACAGCAUCCCGCAGGCCAUUUUCGCGCAGAGGAUCCUGUCCCGCUCGCAGGGGACCCUCUCCGACCUGCUGCGGAACCCCAAGCCGUGGAGUAAACUCAAGUCCGGCAGGGAGACGUUCAGGAGGAUGUGGAAGUGGCUGCAGGAGCCCGAGUUCCAGCGCAUGUCCGCCCUCAGGCUCGCAGCCUGCAAGCGCAAAGAGCAAGAGCAGCUAAAGGAACGCAACUCCGUGCCAAAGAAGCAGCGGCUGGUCUUCACUGACCUGCAGCGUCGGACGCUCAUCGCCAUCUUCAAGGAGAACAAGCGGCCCAGCAAGGAGAUGCAGGUGACCAUCGCGCAGCAGCUGGGUCUGGAGCUCAACACAGUCAGCAACUUCUUCAUGAAUGCACGGCGCCGCUGUGUUGACCACUGGCACAACGACCUCCAGCAUGGCCACAGCCCUGGACAGCCGGGCACAUCCGCACCCACCUUCUCCAAGGCCUGA